UCAUAACAUUUCUUGCUUCUAAGAAAUAUAUAAAAUAAUAAUAAUUUAAAGAACAGUAUAAAAGUUGUUAGUUACACAAAAUUUUGGUAUCAUAAUCCAAAAUGCCAUCCAAACAAAGAAAAAUCGCCAUGAUGGGUUAUAGAUCUGUUGGUAAAUCUUCUUUAAUUAUACAAUUUGUAGAAGGACAGUUCGUCGAUUCGUACGACCCAACUAUUGAAAACACAUUCACAAAAUUUAUCCGCCUUAAUUCUACGGAAUAUGAAGUGAAGUUGGUUGAUACUGCGGGCCAAGAUGAAUACAGUAUAUUUCCACUUCAGUAUAGCAUGGAUUUCCAUGGUUAUGUACUAGUGUACUCUAUAACCUCAAGUAGAAGUUUUCAAAUAGUACAAAUUAUAUAUGACAAAUUGCUAGAUAUGGUUGGAAAAAUACAUGUACCUAUAGUUUUAGUUGGUAACAAAACAGAUCUUCAUUUAGAACGUAAAAUAAGCACUGAAGAGGGUAAAAGACUUGCUGAGAAGUGGAAAGCAGCUUUUGUCGAGACUAGUGCUAAACGCAAUGAGUCAGUCACAGACAUGUUCCAUGCCAUAUUAUCAGAAAUAGAGAGGUCGGAUGGACAUAUGCCAGAAAAAAAUUCUUGUGUUAUUUGUUAAUGCACAUCUCACAAUGAAGAAAGGUUUUUUAUGUUUAAGUUCAAGUGAAAUAGAUGCAAUACAUGCAUAUACACAGCUGUUUUGAAAGAAAUAUCUGUGAAUGUUACAGACAUUUCAAAAAUGAUUAUAUUCCUGCAUUUUGUUAAGGUGGCGAUUGCUUUGAACAUUGUAUGCUUAGGAUUUUUGACGGCUUUCGACUGACAUUUUACGGUUUAUUGUAAACAAAUUUAUUACCUUCACAUUUUUAUUAAUUUACAAAGAUUUGGGUAAACUGUCUAUCAUAUAAAUCAUAUCCAAAGACAUCAUAGACUGUGAUCAAUAAUAAAUUGCAAUAUACUGUUCACAGUAUUGUUGUUUACAGAUAGAACAGCUUUUCAAUAUAGUUUCCGUAUGAGUUUGAUUUAUUCAUGACAAAGCAGACUGAUGAAUUAUUUUUUUAAAUAAUUUUAGAUUCAACGGCUAUACUGAGUACUUUAACAAAUAGUAUGUCUUUACAAUUUCAAUGCAAUCCCCACUUUUACAUAUAGAAAUAAUUAAAUUAUCGCGUUAAUGUUUAAAAUAUGAAAGACAUUUUUCAGUAAUUAAUACUUUCUUGUACUCAAACUUCACAGAAGAAAUAUAAACGUAUUUAAUCUUUUAAUAUUUUUCUGAACUUUUCAUUGUUUUUGUUAUCACUAUAAUGAAUAGCAUAUUAUCAAUUGAUCUUAAUUAGCUUGACUGAAAUAAUAUUGGAAUAAAGUGUCAUAAAUAUUAUUUAAAUUUCAUAUUCAGUCUUUGUAUUGGGUCAUUUUUUUCAUUAUAGACAUCUAUCAU